CAUAGAGAUAAUCCAAUGAGAAUGACGCCGACGUGAUAUAAACAUCAGCGAUUAUAGUAAUCUUUACUUUUAGUCAAACGUGUGCUUGUAAUAUGUGAUUUGUUUUCGACACGAUGUGAUUGUUAUAUGCUUUUAGGCAUAAUUGUUAAAUACGCGAUACAGAUGAUUUACCAAUCAGGGUAGUGAUCUUACAAUAGUCGUUAUACUGUAAAGUUCUUAUAAAUCAUGUCAUCAGUACAUUUAUCAACUGGAAGAUUGAAUAUUGGAUUAAUUCAAGAACAAGCUAGAAAACAAUUGCUUUGCUUACUUGAAAAAUGUGAUGGACCCAAAGCCAUUAUUUGGGAUGAAUCCCUGGGAGGACCUAUGGGCCUUGUUGCCAAGUAUGAUAUUUUGCAAGAACAUGAAGUUACUAAAAUGUAUCCAUUGGUAGGUGGGCGUCUACCUUCUGCUGAUGUUGCUAAUGUCAUCUUUAUCACAAGGCCACAUUUAGAUCUUAUGGAUCUUAUUGCUCAAAAUAUUCAUGGAGAGGAAGGAAACAGACACCGAAAAGAAUUUCACAUAUUUUUUGUACCUCGAAAGAGUUUAUUGUGUGAAAAAAAAUUACAAAAUAGGGGUGUUUACGGAAACUUCACACUGGUCGAAGAAUUUUCAUGUGAUCUCUUUCCUUUUGAUAAUGACUUGGUUUCUAUGGAGCUACCAAAUGCUUACAGAGAAUUCUACUUAGAGAAUGAUCCUACUUGUUUAUAUCAAGUAGCUCAAGCUAUACAAAGUAUGCAAAAGCUUUAUGGAAAAAUUUCUAAAGUUACUGGAAGAGGUCCUGCAGCUAGUAAAGUGUGGGAUUUAAUGAAAAGAUUAAGUAGGGAAGAGGAAGAUUCAAAAAUCAACAACUUGCAAGCACCAGCAAUUGAACAUUUACUUUUGCUUGACAGAUCAGUAGAUUUAUUGUCACCACUUGUCACACAGUUAACGUAUGAAGGUCUAAUAGAUGAAAUAUUUGGUAUUAAUAACACUACUGUAAAAUUACCUGCUGAAAAAUUCGCGAAUUCUGAAGAAUCUCCAACUGUAAUGUCAUUAGAAAGGAAAAAACAGCAAAUUAUUCUUAACUCAUCAGAAGAGUUAUUUGCUGAAAUCAGGGAUAAAAAUUUCAAUGGAGUUGGACCGGUUCUCAGUAGAAAAGCCAAAGUAAUAUCAUCUGAAUUUGAUGAAAGACAUGGAGAUAAAAGUGUACAGGAAAUAAAACAAUUUGUUGCAAGAUUACCUCAUAUGAUUGCAACUAAGGCAUCUCUUGCUAAACACACGACAAUAGCAGAAAUGAUAAAAGAAGUAACUGAUUCUUCAGAUUUCUUGGAAGUCCUACAAAUUGAACAGGAGCUUUUGAAUUGCAUUGACACUGACAAGCCCAAUUCAUACAUAGAAGACCUGAUAGCCCAACAACAGCCUCUUAUGAAAGUAUUGAGACUCCUUUGCAUUCAAUCAAUAACAAACUCUGGUCUGAAGCAAAAACUUCUUGACUAUUACAAGAGAGAAAUUAUACAAACUUACGGCUAUCAACACUUACCGACGUUGCUAAACUUGGAGAAAGUCGGACUUCUAAAAGUUCAGCAAUCUGUCAGACAAUAUGCCGUAUUACGUAAAGCGUUAAGAUUGACUGUAGAAGACGAAAGCGAAAUUGCUCCAAAGGAUAUUAGCUAUGUACAUUCCAUUUAUGCUCCCUUGAGCGUUAGAUUAGCAGAACAACUUGUCCAGCCUGGUGGUUGGCAAGGAUUAAAUGAUAUACUUGGAUUAUUACCAGGCCCAGCAAUCAGUAGUGUAUCUCAAAAUUCGAUGCCGACGGGAAGACGAAACUCAAUUACUAGUGAAGAUUCAACGUCUGAACCACCAAAACUUGUUCUUGUAUUUUUUAUUGGUGGUUGUACGUAUGCAGAGAUAUCAGCUUUACGCUUCUUAUCACAGCAAGAAGACUCAAAUGUUGAAUUCGUCGUAGGUACAACAAGGCUUAUCAAUGGAAAUACAUUUUUGUUUUCGCUGGUUGAAGAAAUGAAACAAAAUUAAUUUUUAAAAUUAAUUUUUAAAAUUAAUUUUUUAGAAUAUAAGUAUGAAACUUCUAA